GAGAGAGAGAGAGAGAGAGAGAGAGAGAGAGAGAGACAUUAACUCGUCCCUGUGUAGUAAAGCUCCAUUAAGCUGCUGCAGCUACCUGCGGGCAUCACACACACACACACACGCAGCGCGCGUGCGCGCGACUGUGCAUGUGCGUGAUCUUCCACCUUUCAGCGCUUUGCAUUUUUUACCUGCAGUGGACAUCACGCACUGUCACGCGUGCACGCACCCCUGUCCGCGCACACUCGCGCAGGCACGCAGCAGCACCGAGGGAGCGAUCAAUACACUAAAAGCCCGGAGAGGAUAAAGCGAAGCGGAGGAGCGGCAGGGAGGAGAACCGGAGGAGAACCGGAGGAGAACCGGAGGAACAGGCAGGAAUAAUGAAGCUCGGCCGCCAUGUCUAAAGCGACGGUGAAGAAGCUGCACUGGCGCUCGAAGGUCCAGGAGAGCUUCGUCCCGCUGGGCGGCGCCUCCGGAGAGCUUGGUCUGGCCAUUGGGGGCGGGGCUGACUACGGCGAGUUCCCGUUUGUCACAGUAGCCCACGGGGGCGGGGCCACAGUGGGUGAUAUCAUCUUAGAGAUUGGGGGCACGCCCGUGUUAGGGAUGACGCUCGGUGAUGUCAGAGGUGUCCUCAACUCCUGUCCUCAUCCAAUCAGAAUCAAGACGGUCUCACCAGGGUCGUCCCUCUGUAAGGACCUCAGGUUGUACCUCAGCAAGUGUUUCACUCCGGGCUCCAUGGACAGUCAGCUGCAGCAGCUCAUCAGAGAGAACCUGUACCUGCGAGCUGUCCCCUGUACGACCCGGCAGCCUCGGGACGGAGAGAUUUCAGGUGUGGACUACAACUUUGUGUCCAUCGAGGAGUUCUUCUCUCUGGAGGAGUCUGGAGCUCUGCUGGAGAGCGGCAAGUUCAAAGGGAACUACUAUGGGACGCCCCGCCCAGUCCACAUCGGCCCAGAAAGUCCACCAAUCACGUACCAGGAACACCGAAACCUGCUGAGGAACUUCAGGACGAGGAGCAAAUCUCUGAGCAACCUGGAGAAAGCUGUGGAGGAAGGAGACAACAGUGAGGAGGACAGUGGACUGUCAGCGGGUUCAGCUGGAGCCCCGCCCACCACCCUGCCUCUCAGCCAAUCAUGGGAGUCUGCAGCGGGGAGUCGGGAAGGAACAGAGAAUGGAGUAGGAGGAAGAGGAGUCAGUAGAGGAGGAGUCGGAGGAGGAGGAGGAGGUCCACUGCCUGAAAACUGGGAGCUGGCCUUCAGUGAGUCAGGAGAGCCGUACUACAUCGAUCAUAACUCAAAGACGACCAGCUGGCUGGAUCCUCGAGCUCAGAAAGAGACGACUCCUUGUACAGAACUCCCAGAGUUCACGGAGCAGCCCAGUCAGCUGAAGGGUUACUCCAUCCACACUCGGCUGUCGAAAGGUCCUCGAGGAUUCGGGUUCAACAUCGUCGGAGGAAGUCGUCCCCGUGAGUUUCUCCAGGUGUACAGCGUCACACCUGGAGGACCACCAGCACUAAACACAGCUGACAUCCUGGUCUAUAUCAACGACAGCUGCGUGUUGGGUCGCUCUCAUAAAGAGGUGGUGGAGAUGCUGAAGUCGGUGCCGAUGGGUCAGAGUGUGGACGUGGUGCUGAGGAGAGGAUACCCGAUGCUCUACAACCCUGAUGGAUGUCCUAAACAGAGUCUGGAGACGCCACAGACUCCCAGUGAGACCUCCAACCCCCCCAGCGUGAGCCGCGGCCCGACACACCUCACCUACAGCCGAACGCUGGAUGCCAACGGCAGCACACCAGUGAGCCAGACUCCGCCCUCCUACGUGGCUCAGCCAAUGACAAACGGGCUAACAGGUCCGCCGACACCCACCUCCUCUGACCCCCCACUGGGUCCGCCACCCCCUCCAGAGAGGACAGCAGCCAAUCACAGUGACUCUGACGGCGGCCUGUCCAGCGCUGGAACACGAAGGUCAUCUCUGAUUCGCUACAACAGCAGCACUCUCCCCGCCCUCUCCUCCUCCUCCCUCCUCCACCAUCAGAGCUCCAAGUCUUCAGAGAGUGAUUUGUCCACGUCCACACUCCCAAACUCCUGCUCAACACUCCCCAUCACGUCCUCGUCCUCCCACACUCUGUCCAAACUACCCCUCUCUCAGCCAGAGACGGGCCUCCUGCAGAACUCCACCAGCCCCACCUCCUCCUCCACACCUCCCGGUGCUCCUGUGCAGCGUCCACCGAUGCCCCAGACCUCCCUCGCCCUGACCCCACCCAGAGACGUCCCGCCCUGCGGCUUUAACGGGUGUCCGGCCAAUCACCAAGCGCCCUCCCCGUCCUCCCGUGGAAACCCUGGGCUGGUGCUCCCCCUCGCUGCAGGGUCGCCUGGGUCAGCUCCUGGCGGGGAGCUCGUACCGGUGGCCCUCGGGCGCAGCGAGAGCGGCGGGCUGGGGUUUAGUGUGACAGCGGGGGGGCAAGGAGGUCAGCUGGCGGUGGUGAGGAGGGUGUGGGAUCGACGGCACUGCCCCUCGCUGCAGCCGGGCGACGCUAUAGUGAAGAUCAACGGCGCUGACGUUCAGAGCCUCAGCUUCUCCCAGGUCCAGAGGAUCCUGCAGGAACACACCAAACAGGGAGAGGUGGUGCUACUGGUGUUCAGAGGAGGUCCCGCCUCGUCUCCAGUUGUCACUCCCAACCUCUACAAGCCCCUCCCCUCCCCUCAUGGCCCGGUCACCCCCCCCUCCUCGCACCCCCGGACUUUAGCUGACUUGUCUUCCCCAUCCACCGGUGCCUUGGUCGGGGGCGUACCCCCACUCAACCAGGCCGGGUUGGCCCCUGAGAGUCCCCAGGAACCCCACCAAGGGGCCCCUCCUGCUCAGACACCUAACGGGCCCCCAGCCUCGGCCCUCAUCCAGAGCACCAGCUUCCUGGACUCGGUUCCUGUGACGCUGACCUUGGAGCCACGUGAUUUGCUGGGAGUAGAGGAGAGCGCCGGUGGGCCUCCUCCCAUCAGAGGGGGAGGAGCACUGGGAGCUGUGGCCAAGGACGGGAGAGGAGGAAUCAAAGCGUCGGAGGUGGAGCUGAGGAGGCGGCCAGGAGAAGGUUUCGGAUUCGUCAUCGCCUCUCAGGAAGUGACUAACGGAGCCCCCUCCCUGAUGUCUCACCGGUUCGUGACGGUGCGUCGCGGCAGCCCAGCAGCUCGCAGCGGGCAGAUUCAGCCUGGAGACCAGCUGGAGGCGGUGGAGGGUCGGCCGGUCGGAGGUCUGCAGCAUCGGGACCUCGCCCAGAUCCUGAGGAGAGCCGGGAACACGCUGAGACUGAGCAUCACACCCCGACACCACUCUUCUCUGUCAGAAGGAGCAGACCUGGAUAUCGAUGGUCGGUUGAUGAAAGGAUCCAGAGGGAGGUCAAAGGAUGAGUCCAGGUUCUACAGUGUCGAUCUGGAACGAGGUCCUACAGGUUUCGGGUUCUCUCUGAGGGGGGGCAGCGAGUACAACAUGGGACUGUAUGUACUGGGACUGAUGGAGGGGGGGCCGGCCCAACGCAGCAACAAGAUACAGGUAUCUGACCAGCUGGUGGAGAUUAACGGCGACAGCACGUCAGGGAUGACUCACAGUCAGGCUGUGGAGCAGAUCAGGAGAGGAGGACAUCGAAUCCACCUUGUCCUCAAGAAGGGAAACGGAUAUGUGCCUGACUACGGCCCUGAGGAAGGAGCCCUCUCCCCCUCCUCCUCUUCACACACAGAGGAGCAGGAUGUGGAUACAGUCACCAUGACAACCGCCUCCCUCAGCCAGCAGAGGGGAGGAGGAAGUGGUACAGGAGGAGGAGACGGAGGGGGAGAGAUAAGGAGGAGGACAAGGAGAGAGGGAGAAACCAAACGAAGAACAGGAGGAGGAGGAGGAGAGUUAGGGCCUCCUGAUCUGGACCUGGACCUGGUGGAGGAGGAAGCACGGGAGGAGGAGAGGAGGGAAGAGGAGAGGAGGAGGAGAAGUCAGAUUGUCAGGCCAAAGGAGAAGCGGAAUGUCCAAAUGGAGGAGUGUAGGAGCAGCAAGAGCUUACCCAGGAUCAGUGCUCGAUCCUGGGACGCACGCUUGCCAGAGGAGAGGGUGGAUGUGGAGGAGCCUGGAGGUGGAGGGAGAGAGAGGAGGAGAAGGAGCGAGAUGAAGAGCAGGAGGAGGGCAGAGGCAGGCCGAGACGAAGUGGAGAGGGAGGAGAGACGGGACAGUCCCACCCGCCAUGCAAAGCAUUCUGGGCACUCGGCAGCGGCUCAGAGAGCGCCGUUCUCCUUCCUCGGGCCAAUGGACGACGACGAGCAUCUGUCUGACAGCGAAUCAGCAGCCAGCUACUCAGAAGUCAGCCAAUCAGCAGCUAGCAUCACCACCGUGGGUUGGAGGCAGAAUUUUGACUGGAGGAGAGCAGAGUCUCCAUGGGAAGUGGGGAACGCGCCGGGCCCCUGGCUGAAGCCGAGCCCACAGAGACUGACGCAGGCUCUGAUUGGCAGUCGAUUCAGGGGCGGGCUCUCUCUCUGAUUGGCUCACAGCGAGACAUUCUCUCUUUUCUUCAUCAGCUACCUUUUAAGGGCUUUUUGAUUGGGCUGCAGAGAGAAGACCCGCCUCUCCCUGCUUCUUAUUGGAUGACAGCAGCAAGCUGUUUCUGAUUGGAGGAUGAAAGGCUAGCUAGAUCAAGGACUUUUUUAUUGGCUGGUGGGUGGGUUUUUGAGGUCCCUGAUUGGCCAAUGAAAUAACAGCUGCACACAGAGCCGCCUAAUUAACCUUUUUUUAUUUUUAUUUUUACCCAUCAUCCCUCAGUGCAUCCUGAGACCUGUAUCAUGAGCGAGUCAUCCAGCUCUCAUUGGGCUGAACUUUCUGGUGUCAUCACGCUGGUGCACAUCACCACGGUAACAGAUGACAUCAGAAACUAACAGCCCGACUACUGACCAAUCAGAUCAGUGCAGUCAUCAUUCUACAGCAUCCUGAUGGGGACAAAGUAAUGAAGAGCAACAGAUGUUUCUACAGUUCAGUAAUGACGAUAUACAAACACAGAAUGGAAAUUUUAGUUUCACUAACAGACAAAUGAAUGACGAUCAUAUUCUUCAGAUUAUUUUAAUUUGGUAAUUUGAAUAACUUCCUUUAAGUUGCGCGGUGCGCAGGCUGCAGGAGCAUCGCUGCUCUUUAGACCAAAUGAGACGACUGCAAAUAAGAAAGUCUAUAAAAUAAAUACACGUAUCAUAAAUGAGCCCACUGACAUUUAUCACCUCACUAACAAUAUUAAUGUCUCAGCUGACUGACACAAUAAUUAACAACAAUAAUCAUUUUAAACAGCGACAGAGUUCAGAGGAGCGCUGAGGGUGAACAGCUCAAACGUUCCUCAGCUGGUUCACAUGAAGGUUUUAUGUUUUACAAGUGUUCAGAUAUUUUCUGUUCACAUCUGUAGCUGCAGCUUUAUUCCACAACAGAAACGUGAACGUUGGCUGAAGAAGAACGUUUGUUAUCUGACUCAAAGUUUUUCACAGAGGGAAUUAUGGGACAUUUUCUUAAAUCAGAACGCACUCUCAACAUGUUUAAAAACAUGUCAGCUGAUUAUUAACAUGUAUGUUCUGUUUUAUUUUAAAUAUGCAGAUGAGGCAGUCUAAUUAAAUAUGUGCCCAUUUUCAUAAAUGUCCAGAACAGAAAUCUAAAAUAAAAUAACACCUGAAUGUCUUUUUGGACAUGUUCUGUCCUCGAGUCUGAAGAAGACUCAGAACCUGUUUCCUCUCAACCCACCGAGCCUGAAACUGAACUACAGGAAGAUGAAACAGCAGCAGGUCAGACGGAACCAGCUGGUGACCCGCUCCAUGAUACCAGUCAGCAGGUGACUGACGCUGGGCUGAUGAAGGCCCUGUGACAUCAUCCUCAUCCUCAUCCUCACCUCUUUGACUUUAAACUCGUAUGCAAACAACAUGAGAAGCUUCAGCCUCGCCCGGCUCACUGAAGCCGCUGUUUUUGUGAUUCUGUGUAAUCUGGGCAUGUGAAUAUCACCGGAAUGAUUUUUAUUUUUAUAAGCUGAACAUGUAAAGGAUCAAUGACACUAUUAUUAUUAUUAUUAUUAUUAUUAUUACUAGAGAUUAAACAGACCCACAGAUGA